GCUUUAGUCGUCCUCCAAAAUGGCUGUUGUAAAGGAUGGGGAGUACAAAAAUAGCUAGCUAGAUAGGGGAAGCAAGGGAUUUUUACUGGGGAAACAGAAACCUCCUAGUGACAAGCUUAAAGCGGAUCUUAUAAACGUUUCUCUCUUUUAAGGUGCCCUGGUGCUGAGCAACAGUCAUGGACACCACCACCUCUAUCAAGAUGACCACUAUGGCCAUCCAGAACCUCUUCAGCUAUGUAGAGGAGGAGAAUCUGGCUGCCCUCAAAUCACACCUGGAUAAGUUCAAAGAGGUGGACGGGCGCAGUGAUAAUGGACAGACUCCAUUGAUGUUGGCUGCAGAGCAGGGCAGUCUGGAGAUAGUCCAGGAGCUCAUCAGAAGAGGUGCCAAUGUCAACUUGGAUGAUGUGGACUGCUGGUCGGCUCUGAUCUCAGCAGCAAAGGAGGGGCAUGUGGAGGUGGUAAGAGAGCUGCUGGACAACAGUGCUUACAUUGAGCACCGAGAUAUGGGGGGCUGGACUGCUCUUAUGUGGGCUGCAUAUAAAGGUCGGGUGGAGGUCACAAAGGUUCUUCUGGAGAAUGCAGCCAACCCCAACACAACAGGACAGCAGUAUAGCGUAUAUCCCAUCAUCUGGGCUGCUGGCAGAGGCCAUGCGGAAAUUGUCAAGCUGCUGCUGGAACAUGGAGCCAAAGUCAACUGCUCUGAUAAGUAUGGAACCACUCCCCUGAUCUGGGCUGCCAGGAAGGGCCACCUUGACUGUGUUAUGUACCUGCUGGAGAAUGGUGCCGAUGUUGACCAGGAGGGGGCGAAUUCCAUGACAGCUCUGAUUGUGGCUGUGAAAGGGGGCUACACCGAGGUGGUGAAGGAGCUCCUGAAGAGGAACCCCAAUGUGAACAUGACCGAUAAAGAUGGCAACACGGCCCUCAUGAUCGCGGCUAAAGAGGGCUACACAGAGAUAGUCCAGGACCUGCUGGACGCAGGCACUUACGUCAACAUCCCCGACAGGAGUGGGGAUACAGUGCUGAUUGGAGCUGUGAGGGGUGGCCAUGUUGAAAUUGUAAGAGCCCUGUUGCAUAAGUACGCUGACAUUGACAUCAGAGGACAGGACAAUAAGACAGCUCUUUACUGGGCUGUGGAGAAGGGCAAUGCCACCAUGGUGAGAGACAUCCUACAGUGUAACCCUGACACAGAGACCACCACCAAGGAUUCCGAAACACCACUGAUCAAGGCCACCAAGAUGAGAAACAUAGACAUAGUGGAACUACUCCUGGAUAAAGGGGCGAAAGUGUCUGCUGUGGAUAAGAAAGGGGAUACGCCUCUCCACAUCGCCAUACGUGGACGGAGCCGCAGGUUGGCUGAGCUUCUCCUCCGCAAUCCUAAAGAUGGCCGCCUGCUCUACAAGCCCAAUAAGGCUGGAGAGACACCAUACAACAUCGACUGCAGCCACCAGAAAAGCAUCCUCACUCAGAUCUUCGGCGCCCGACACCUGUCCCCCACCGAGUCGGAUGGGGACAUGCUGGGCUAUGACCUCUACAGCAGUGCCCUGGCAGACAUCUUGAGUGAGCCCACCAUGCAGCCACCCAUCUGCGUAGGCCUGUAUGCCCAGUGGGGCAGCGGCAAGUCCUUCCUGCUCAAGAAACUGGAAGAUGAGAUGAAGACAUUUGCCGGGCAGCAGAUCGAACCUCUCUUCCAGUUCUCUUGGCUGGUGGUUUUCCUGUCUCUCAUGCUGUGUGGCUCUGUGGCUCUGCUGCUUGGAUUCACUGUGGACCCCAAACUGGCUAUAGCUGUCUCCCUCAGCCUGCUGGCCCUGCUCUACCUAUUCUUUGUGAUUGUGUACUUUGGGAGCAGGCGUGAGGGUGAGAGCUGGAACUGGGCCUGGGUUCUCAGUACCCGACUGGCGCGUCACAUGGGUUACCUGGAGCUGCUGCUCAAGCUCAUGUUUGUUAACCCGCCGGAGUUGCCGGAGCAGACCACGCGAGCUCUGCCUGUCAGGUUCCUGUUUACAGACUACAACAGACUGUCCAGCGUGGGUGGAGAGACCUCCAUGGCUGAGAUGAUUGCCACUCUCUCAGACGCCUGUGAGAGGGAGUUUGGCUUCUUGGCCUCCAGACUCUUCAGGGUCUUCAAGACAGAGGACACUCAAGGCAAGAAAAAAUGGAAGAAGACGUGCUGCAUCCCGUCUUUCGUCAUCUUCCUCUUCAUCCUCAGCUGCCUGAUCACAGGUAUGGCCUUGCUGGCCAUCUUCAAGGUGGACAGCCGAAACCAGACGCUAAAUGCUGUGCUGGUCGCCAUGGCGAGCGUGGUAGGCCUGGCGCUGCUGCUCAACUGCCGCACGUGGUGGCAGGUGAUGGACUCAGUGCUCAACUCGCAGAGGAAGAGGCUCCACAGUGCCGCCAACAGGAUGCACAAGCUCAAGAGUGAAGGCUUCAUGAAGGUGCUAAAAAGUGAGGUGGAGCUUAUGGCUAAGAUGGCGAAGACUAUCGACAGCUUCACUCAGAACCAGACACGUUUAGUUGUCAUAAUCGAUGGCUUGGAUUCCUGUGAACAGGAUAAAGUACUGCAGAUGCUGGAUACGGUGAGGGUGCUCUUCUCCAAAGGGCCCUUCAUUUCCAUCUUUGCUAGCGAUCCUCACAUCAUCAUCAAAGCCAUCAACCAGAACCUGAAUAGCGUACUGCGUGACUCCAACAUCAACGGGCACGACUACAUGCGCAACAUUGUGCACUUGCCCGUCUUCCUCAAUAGCCGCGGCCUCAGCAGCGCUAAGAAGAUGUGUGCACCAGCGCCAGCUAACGGAGACACUGGCAACCCCGAGGGUUGGCAUGAGGAGCUGGACAGGAAGCUGUCCCAGCACAGUCUGGGUGAACUCUCUAAGCUCGGCAGUAAGACCACUCUGAAUCGCAGGGACACAUACCGGCGUCGUCAGAUGCAGAGAUCUGUCACGCGUCAGAUGUCCUUUGACCUGACCAAGUUGCUGGUCACCGAGGACUGGUUCAGUGACAUCAGCCCUCAGACCAUGAGGAGGCUGCUGAACAUCGUGUCCGUCACAGGCCGCCUGCUAAGGGCCAAUCAGAUCACUUUCAACUGGGACCGGCUGGCGUCCUGGAUCAACCUGACGGAGCAGUGGCCCUACCGCACGUCCUGGCUCAUCCUACACCUGGAGGAGACGGAUGGGAUCCCUGACCAGGCAUCACUCAAAACCAUCUAUGAAAGGAUUUCCAAGAACAUUCCCACGACUAAAGAUGUGGAGCCCUUGCUGGAGAUCGAUGGAGAUGUACGGAGCUUUGAGGUGUUCCUGUCCUCACGCACCCCGGUGCUGGCUGCUCGAGACAUCCGCACUUUCCUCCCCUGCACGGUCAACCUGGACCCAAAGCUCCGAGAGAUCAUAGCAGACGUGCGUGCGGCUCGUGAGCAGAUGAACAUGGGCGGGGUCACCUAUCCCACACUGCCCCUGCAGGAUGCUGCUCCCCGCCCCACCUCCAUCUACAGCCAGCAGUCCUCGGCCUGCUCACCCACGGCCUCCUACAACGGGCCUUACAACCCGCCCGGUGUGUCCCCUCAACCCCACAGUGCCUACUACAGCGGCAUGGCCGGGCCUCAACAUCCCUUCUACAACAGGCCAUAUUUCCCCCACCAUGUUUACCUGCUGCCACGGCAAUACGCCAGCAGCACUGGCCACGCCCACGCCCCCGUACCUCCACGCCCACUCAUUAAAGCGGCCUGUCCCAGGGACGCUAGCACUGCAAUCUUUAAGGUAGCGUCUUUGAAAAAGAAGCAGGGCACAGCCUCUGUGAUGUCAGGCACACCAUCUGUGCUGCUCAGCUCCAUGAACACAGAUAUGGUUUGUGAGCGCGUCAAAGUAAUAGAAGGCAUCGACCAGGGCAUGCUGGCCCAGUAUACUGCUACCAUCAAGAAGGCCAAUGUAAAUGGCCGGGUUUUAUCCCAGUGUAACCUGGAUGAACUGAAGAAAGAGAUGAACAUGAACUUUGGAGACUGGCAACUCUUCAGAGCAUCAGUGAUGGAGAUGCGUCACGUGGAGAGCCAGGUCUUGCACGAGGAGGCUCCCAGCGAGCAGGGCAGCAUCAUGGUGGGCCACAGUGAGCCAGGCAGGCAUCGCGGAGCUCCAGGCCACAGCGGACCUGCUAACGCCGACACCUCGCCCAUGUACAACUUCAAUCUUAGCUUUGAGGAGCUCUCUACUGUGGGCCUGGAUGAGCCAACCAGACAUGCCAAUCCACCAUGGAUGAGCACCACACACCGCACCCCCAGCAUGACCAGCCUGAACUCUCAGGAAUCCUCCAACGAUAUCUGCAAGCUCACUGACAAGCAGCAGGCAGAGUACCGAAAUGCCUACCAAGAGUACAUAGCCUCAAUGGCUCAGCUGGAGGCGGCAGGCAGCGGGGCAGAGAAGCCCGUGCAACCCCAUCCAGGCCAGUUUAUGCACUCCGGCGCCGAUGACAAAAACAAGGAUGGUGGGGAUCAAGAUGGACGCAAGUCCUACUCCAAACGGGGGGGUGGGAAGCCAGCAGUGGACGCAACUGAUUAUGCCUCGACAGAGGGUGCCACUCUAGACCCCAUCAGUGAGGAAGAUGAGAAGGUCGACCAUGGCUCCUCCAAAACCUUGCUGGGACGGAAGACCUCUGGAGAAAAGGUGGGUCUCUUCCAGAGUGCUGACCUGAAACUGAAGGCUGCAGGGGGUCUGCGAUACCAGAAGCUGACCAGCGACGAUGAGGAGUCGGAGGAAUCUGACAAUGCCCCACUGCUCAAGGAUGGGAAGAAAGUAGAGCCCAGACGCGUUGAGAGUGAAGAGCGACCUUUGGCCAAAGGUAAGGAGUACCUCUCGGACAGCAUGCUGGAUAAAAAGGACUCGUCUGACUCGGGUGUCCGCUCUAACGAGAGCUCACCCAAUCACUCUCUGCAAGAUGAGGAGGCUGACUUAUCGCAGUCUGAGAGGACCAACCUGAUUGAGCUGGAUGAGGAGAGCCUAGCCCGCAAGAGAGGCCUGCCUAGCAGCCUGAGUGGCCUCCAGGACCCAGCAGUCGCACGCAUGUCUAUUUGCUCUGAAGACCAGUGCAGUCUCUUGGCCAGCAGUCCUGAGGAAAGCUGGCCUUCCUCCAGAAGUUACAACCUCAACCGCACACCCAGCAACAACACCCUCAACAACAACACCAACGUGCAGCAGGGAAACCGCCCGCGUCAGCCAACUGAUGGUUCUAACACCACCUCCUCCAACACCACUAGCAGUGAGGUUAUUGUAACUCCUGCUUCCAGCACCAACACCACCACAUCCACCACGCAGAAUGAGAAUGUUCGUGUGGUGCACCUGAAGAGAGGUCUAAAGCCAGGAGACCCACCUGAGAUCUGCACUGUGACCUCCGACACGGUCACCUUCGGGGAGGAGCGUGAGAGCAUCCUGUGAGAACCUGCACCCUGGUCUUGGCAGACCUUCUGCCCAGCUUUAGAUGUUUAUGUGCCAAGCUUUAGCUGUUAUGUGAUGCAUGUUAAAUGGUGUAAUGCUGUUGGUUCAGUAUGGUCCUUGCAUUUCAGUAUUGAAUAGUAGUAGUUGGUCCAGUGUAGUUUACUGUCUGCAGUGUUGCCUACAUUCCUGAUUGUCACGAAUGCCUUUUUCUUAUUCAAUAAUUUGAUCCAAUCGUUGAUAAAGGGUAUGUAGCAUCUAACAGUAUUACCGUCUCUCCUGCUUUUGGAAAAUACUGAACUACCUAAGUAGAACAUGAGAUGUCAAGAUUUCUUCUAAAAGAGCUGUGAUUAUUAUGGGCUAUAAUUAUUGGAAUAAGUUUAUGCAGCAGUUAAUCUAAAAUGUAAAGCUUUCUGUUUGGUCUGGUCUUCUGGGCCACAACUGACACUCAAUUUAUUUUAGCUUGACCCUUAAAAAAGGCAUGAGUUUAAUCUUUUGCCAGAUUCUGAACUGCCAGAACCAUAUUAAUGCUUAUCGCUAACUUAGUCGUGAAGAAUGGUGUUGUGAUGAAUUGUGUCAGUUGCAUGUUUUCUGCACCCCUGUCAUUGUAGAGCAGUUUCCUGAAAAUUUUGAUCGUAGGACCCAACUAAAAAUGGACUUCCUUCAAAUCACCCAAGUCAUCCAUUAUGACUGAAUUACAGUAUGUGAUUAUAUAUUUAUCUUUGCAACUCAUGCACCACUCACAUACCCAAAACCUGUUGGGCAUCCUGAACCGUAUUUUAAAAACUAUGUAGUAAGAGGAUUAGCAGUGAGCAUGUAUGAGCGGUGAAAAGCAUGUGACUAAAUGUCAAACGUGAAAUGGCAUUCUCCAAAUCGCAUGCAGUUACUUUAGAUUUGAUGUGUACUUGUGUUAACUGCCUAGCUAAGGCGGGAAAUUUGAUUACAUGAGAACUGUCUGUAAUGUGGAGCAAAAAUAAACAAUAAGUUACAGCUA